GCUGCCGCUCGGGUGCCGGUGGCCGCGCCGUCGUCCCUUUCCCGCACCCGGGGAGCCCUCCCAGCCGCCGCCGCCGCCGCCUGCUCUCUUCGGGACACCAUGGAGCUCUCCCCGUCGUCCGGAGGAGCCGCGGAGGCGCUGUCGUGGCCGGAGAUGUUCUCGGGGCUGGAGUCCGACUCGCCGCUGCCCCCGGAGGAUCUGGACGCGGUCGUCCCAGUCAGCGGGGCAGUGGCCGGUGGCAUGCUGGAUCGGAUCCUUCUGGAGUCGGUGUGUCAGCAGCAGAGCUGGGUCCGGGUGUAUGAUGUGAAAGGUCCACCCACCCAUCGUCUGUCUUGUGGUCAGUCACCCUACACUGAGACAACAUCAUGGGAAAGGAAGUACUGCAUCCUUACAGACAGCCAACUGGUGUUGCUCAACAAGGAGAAGGAGAUACCUGUGGAAGGACAGGAGCAACAGACAGAUUCCACCAAAGGACGAUGUCUGAGGAGAACUGUCAGUGUCCCUUCAGAGGGUCAGUUUCCUGAGUACCCACCAGAGGGCACCGCUAAACUAGAGGUGCCAGCAGAAAGGUCCCCCCGCAGACGGAGCAUCUCAGGGACCAGCACUUCAGAGAAACCCAACUCCAUGGACACUGCAAAUACCUCUCCUUUCAAAGUACCCGGAUUCUUCAGCAAGCGCCUGAAAGGUUCCAUCAAAAGGACCAAAAGCCAGUCAAAGCUUGACAGAAACACAAGCUUCCGACUUCCAUCCCUUCGCAAUGCAGAUGACAGGUCUCGUGGUCUGCCUAAACUGAAAGAGUCUCGUUCACAUGAGUCCCUGCUGAGCCCGUGCAGUGCAGUGGAAUGUCUUGAUCUUGGUAGAGGGGAGCCAGUGUCAGUGAAACCACUCCAUAGUAGCAUCCUUGGACAAGACUUCUGCUUUGAGGUCACCUACUUAAGUGGAAGUAAAUGCUUUAGCUGUAACUCUGCCUCAGAGAGAGAUAAGUGGAUGGAAAACCUUCGAAGGACAGUUCAGCCAAAUAAGGACAAUUGUCGACGAGCUGAAAAUGUUCUCCGUUUAUGGAUCAUUGAAGCCAAGGACCUUGCCCCUAAAAAAAAAUAUUUCUGCGAACUGUGCCUUGAUGAUACCCUCUUUGCUCGUACAACCAGCAAGACCAAAGCAGACAAUAUUUUCUGGGGUGAACAUUUUGAAUUCUAUAGCCUUCCACAUCUUCAUAGCAUCACAGUUCAUAUUUAUAAGGAUGUGGAAAAAAAGAAAAAAAAGGACAAGAAUAAUUAUGUAGGGCUAGUCAACAUCCCCACUGCCAGUGUGACUGGUCGCCAGUUUGUAGAAAAGUGGUACCCAGUGAGUACACCCACACCCAACAAAGGAAAGACAGGAGGACCUUCUAUUCGGAUUAAGUCACGUUUCCAAACCAUCACCAUUCUGCCUAUGGAACAAUACAAAGAAUUUGCAGAAUUCAUCACCAGCAACUACACCAUGCUGUGCUCUGUUCUUGAGCCAGUAAUCAGUGUGAGGAAUAAAGAGGAGCUGGCUUGUGCCUUAGUGCACAUUCUUCAAAGUACUGGCAGAGCCAAGGAUUUUCUGACUGACUUGGUGAUGUCUGAGGUGGAUCGUUGUGGAGAGCAUGAUGUCUUGAUCUUCAGAGAAAACACCAUUGCCACGAAAUCUAUUGAGGAAUACCUCAAGUUGGUGGGACAACAGUACCUCCAUGAUGCACUGGGGGAGUUCAUCAAAGCCUUGUAUGAAUCAGAUGAGAACUGUGAAGUGGAUCCCAGCAAGUGUUCAUCUAGUGAACUGAUAGACCACCAGAGCAACCUGAAAAUGUGCUGUGAGCUGGCUUUCUGCAAGAUCAUCAACUCCUACUGUGUCUUCCCUCGUGAAUUGAAGGAAGUAUUUGCAUCAUGGAAGCAUCAGUGUCUGAACCGAGGCAAGCAAGACAUCAGUGAGCGGCUCAUUAGCGCCUCACUGUUUCUCCGCUUUCUUUGCCCAGCCAUUAUGUCUCCCAGUCUUUUCAGCUUGAUGCAGGAGUAUCCUGAUGAUCGGACGUCUCGGACUCUAACUCUUAUUGCCAAGGUCAUUCAGAACCUGGCUAACUUUGCCAAGUUUGGUAACAAAGAGGAAUACAUGGCAUUCAUGAAUGAUUUUUUAGAACAUGAAUGGGGUGGAAUGAAGCGGUUCCUUUUGGAGAUCUCUAAUCCAGACACCAUCUCAAACACCCCAGGCUUUGAUGGUUACAUUGAUCUGGGCAGAGAGCUGUCAGUUUUGCAUUCCUUACUAUGGGAAGUAGUUUCUCAACUUGAUAAGGCAACUGUGGCAAAACUGGGGCCUCUCCCUCGUGUUCUUGCUGAUAUUACCAAGUCUCUGAGUAAUCCUACACCAAUACAACAGCAAUUGAGACGCUUUGCUGAGCAUAGCUCCAGUCCAAAUGUCAGUGGAAGCCUCUCCUCUGGGCUGCAGAAAAUAUUUGAAGACCCCACUGACAGUGAUUUGCAUAAACUAAAAUCUCCAAGCCAGGAGAACACAGACAGCUAUUUCAGAGGGAAAACAUUGUUGUUGGUUCAGCAAGCCUCCUCCCAGAGCAUGACUUACUCUGAAAAGGAUGAAAAGGAAAGCAGCCUUCCUAAUGGUCGGAGUAUCUCCCUCAUGGACCUCCAGGACACUCAUGCUGCUCAGGUGGAGCAUGCAUCUGUCAUGCUUGAUGUGCCUAUGCGUCUUGCAGGAAGCCAGCUUUCUAUAACCCAGGUGGCUAGCAUCAAACAACUUCGGGAAACCCAGAGCACUCCCCAGAGUGCACCUCAAGUAAGAAGACCCUUGCACCCUGCCUUGACCCAGCCGGGAAGCCUCCAGCCCUUAUCAUUCCAGAACCCUGUCUAUCACCUCAACAAUCCAGUUCCAGCAAUGCCAAAGGCCUCUGUAGAUUCUAGUUUGGAGAACCUAAGCACUGCCAGUUCUAGAAGCCAAAGCAAUAGUGAAGACUUCAAACUCAGUGGACCCAGCAACAGCAGCAUGGAAGAUUUCACCAAAAGAAGCUCACACAGUGAGGACUAUUCCAGGCGGCACACUGUACCGGAUAGACACAUACCUCUUGCUCUGCCACGACAAAACAGUACUGGGCAGUCCCAAAUCCGAAAAAUGGACCAGACUGGGUUAGGUGCCCGAGCCAAAGCGCCCCCAUCCCUCCCACACAGUGCUUCCUUACGUAGCACAGGGAGCAUGUCAGUGGCAUCUGCAGCGCUGGUGGCUGAACCUGUACAGAACGGGAGCCGGUCCAGGCAGCAGUCAUCUUCCUCCAGAGAGAGCCCUGUCCCCAAAGUGAGAGCGAUCCAGAGACAGCAGACGCAGCAGGUUCAGUCUCCUGUGGAUUCUGCCACCAUGUCUCCAGUAGAAAGGACAGCAGCCUGGGUUCUGAACAAUGGACAGUAUGAAGAAGAUGUGGAAGAAUCUGAACAAAAUCAAGAUGAAGCCAAGCACGCUGAGAAGUAUGAACAAGAAAUUAGCAAAUUGAAAGAGCGCCUACGAGUGUCCAGCCGGCGGCUAGAGGAGUAUGAGCGCCGGCUACUGGUACAGGAGCAGCAGAUGCAGAAGCUGCUACUGGAGUACAAGGCCCGGCUGGAGGACAGUGAGGAACGGCUGCGCAGACAGCAGGAGGAAAAGGACAGCCAGAUGAAAAGCAUCAUCAGCAGGCUAAUGGCUGUCGAAGAGGAACUAAAGAAGGAUCAUGCUGAGAUGCAAGCAGUUAUUGAUGCAAAGCAGAAAAUAAUUGAUGCACAGGUCAUAAAUGGAAAUGAGAUUAUUCAAACAGGAAAAGCGGAUCGUGUCCCUGGAUUCAGCCAACACAAGACUGAUGAGUGCGCUGACUCAAGUGAAGGAGCGGUACAGCAUGCAGGUCCGCAAUGGCAUCUCUCCCACCAACCCCACCAAGCUUUCCAUCACGGAGAAUGGUGAAUUCAAAAACAGCAGCUGCUGAUGGCCUUUGUGAAUACAGACUGUGGGAGGAGAAAGAAGGAAGUUGCCCACCUCUCCUAUUCCCAGCCUUUUAACCCUCCAGGUUUACAGAAUGUUGCUUCAAAUAGCAGUAUGGUGAGAAACUCGUAAAUGAAGAAAGGAACCUUGUCUUUCAGGGCAUAAAGCAAAGACCCCCCCAGUGUCGAUGCUUUCCCCAGUGUCUCUAUGUAUAUAGGGAACUUAGUUCUGGGCCAUGUACAGAAAUACCACUGUAAUAUACCAAAAGGAAGUUAAUAAUGUAGAUUACCUUUUUAAUUAUUACUAUUUUAUUAUUGUUUUUUCUCUUGUUGAAAGCACUGCAGUUUUUAGUGGAGGAAAAAAUAGAAGCCAAGUGUGAGUGAGAAAUGAGCCUAUCUGUUCAGUAGGUAGAGAGUCUGUAUUGUGUAGGAGCACAUGGAGUGCAAUAGGACCUUGUCAGAAUGAGUUUUUUUCAGGGAUUCAUCUGCUGGUUUAAAAGCCCCACCCUAGUCUCUUACCAUUAGGAAAACAUGCAAAUACCAAGAUCCAUACAAAACAGUACUUUAUGCUACUGAUCAACCAAGAUAGUUCUGAUUAGACAGUAAUCUGAUUUGGAGAGUCACUGUUUCAGAGGACAUGGAUAGGAGUGGUUGAUUGUACCAAAACUGAACUAGAAAUGAUUUCUUUUGAACUGUCAAUAUGUUUGUUUCCUCCAUCUACAGCAGAUGGGAGCUUUGUUUUAGAUAUGAGACUUUGUGAUUUUUACUCCUACUUUUUUUUUUAACUACUCUUUAGAGUUGACAGAACUAUAAAUUUUGUGUCUCUGUCUACCAUUUUCAUUGUCAUAUGUGCACUGUCCUUGCCUCCCCAUGCUGGGAGCUGUCAGCACCAACAGGGUUUACUCUCCACUGGAGAGGUUAUUCAAGUAUGCUAUUCAUAAGCCAUCUGAAUAAAUACCCUUUCUUCCAUUCAGAAAAGGGCUAAUUACAACAGAGCAGGAAUCUCUGAAUAUUUCCCACUAAAAUUUUUCUAUUUGUCAGUUGUAUCUUUGCUUAGGAUAAAGAUUGCAUCCGCCAUACUAAUAAACCUGUGGGCAGGGUUAUUUCAUCACCACUUUUAACCUUUAAAUUGCUUCUUCUUUUUAUGUGUCUCUUCCAUUUGGCAAGGAAGUUUAAAACUGAAGCAUCUCAUUCUUUUAAAAAUGAUGAUUAAUCUUGCUACAGAGAACCAGAAUGUGAGGAUGGCACAUUCCAGGUGUUAUUCCACACUUUUGGUCGACUCAGCAAAAAUGAUCCAGCUUAUCAUUAAUGGCUUUAAUUCAGGACAGAAAUCCAUGUUUUUCUCCAGAGUGUGACAUGUCAUCUCGAAGGCAGGCUUAAUUACCAGGGGUAGAGAAAGUUAGCUGCAGGUUAAACAAAUAUUAUAUAUAUAUAUAUAUAAAUAUAUACAUAUAUUCACACAUAUGUACAUAUAAUGUGCACAUCAAAAAAUGUUCAUACCUUCUAUGUUGUUGGAUAUAUAGAGAUAAUGUUUAAAAAGGGUCUUGAAUCUCUUUAAGCAAAAUAUACAUCCUUUUAUGUUGAAAAAUAGCAUUUCUCAAGUAAGUUAAUGUUUUGUUUUUUAAGUUAUAAACUUUAAGAAUGUUUUAAGUAAAGGAUGUGGAGUGAGACAUAACAGAGCCAUAUGCAUGGCGUAUGUGUUUCUACAUAGUAGGAUAAAUAUAAGAAAACAAGAGAACAUGUGUAGGGCCCUCUUUGUUUGAUGUCCAGGCAUAAAUACCAAGCCCUCCUUUCCACCAAGUCCCAGGCAUGCAUUCCCAGUGUCACUUGCCCCUUAGUUUGACCUUAAUGUCUGACCUUGAAUUCCAACAAUCUCAUCACAGCCUCAACCAACAACCUUUGAAAAGGGUUUUUUUCAUAAUAACCUGUUUGUGUCAGACAAAUGUCCAAAGCAGGAGCAUCUCACUGUGCAUGGAGCUGUAGACCCACACACUCACUUGAGUGUCUCCUUGACCCUUAACAGCUGUCUCACCAGGGUUUGUCUCCUCUCCAGGGUUUUGACUCUGCAUUAGUGGCCUGUAUUAAGUGAAGUGGAAUGUAAUUGCAGAUCUUUUCUCUUUUGUAGCUUAGCAAUGUUCUUUCUUCAUUCUUCCAAAUCCUUCAGUAGUACCACAGAAAAUCUAGCUCAAUUAUUAGUUAUAGUGGCCUGAAGUAUAUAAUGUGGUAACAUCUUGCUUUGAGGUUGAGAAGGUCUUGAGGUGCUGGUUAUAGAUUACAGAGAGCUGGUCAAAUAAGUGUAGUGAUGAAUGCAGUGUAACUUAACACUGCGGGGUCUUUGAGAGCCUGUCUGCAUUGCAAGAUUGAAUUUCAAAACAUUUGGACAUAUGAUGAGGCUCUCUAGCCAUCAUGUUAUCAUAAAUGAAGAGAAAAAAAAGUAAAAUAACAAUAGUAAGAGGAUUAGAAGUCAAAAGUUUAGCAUUGUUGCCAGAUAUUAAAUCUCAGAUUAUCCUUUGAGCUUAUUCAUCUUUUUAGCCUAUCAGAAAUAUUAUUCUGGGCUGAGGUAUAGCUCAGUUGGAAGAGUUCCAGCCUAGCAUGCUGAAGGCCCUUGGUUUUGUUUGUUUGUUUUUUGUUUGGUUGGUUUUGGGUUUUUUUUUUUUUUUUCAAGACAGGGUUCUCUGUGUAGCUUUAGAGCCUGUCCUGACACUUGCUCUGUAGACCAGGUUGGCCUUGAACUCACAGAGUUCUGCCUGCCUCUGCCUCCCAAAUGCUGGAAUUAAAGGCGUGUUUAAACCCCAGCACCACAUAAACUGGGAUAGUGUCACACAGGCCUGCAAUUCCAGCACUCCAGGGAUGGGAACAGGAGGGGCAGGAGCUCAAGGUAAUACUCUGCUGCAUAAGUUUCCUGGCCAACCUGAGCUAAUUAAGACCCUGUCUCAAAAUGCUAAAAGAAUAUUUUUUUGAAUAUUUCUUUAGAGAAUGUUGCAAUCUUACAAAUUUUAUUUUGAAUUUUUUUCAUAUAGCAGAGGACAACAGCAGGUGCUAAUAAGCUACAUGGUGUUUCUUUAACUCAAAUAGGUGCAUGUUUCUGCUUUACUGGGAGGAAAUGUAUGAUUUCUUUUUAAAACACUGAUAGGUUAAAUAGCUGCACCUUGCGAACCCUGUUUCUGCCAACAUGUCAGCACAUUACAGGAUGAGAAUAGACCAGGGCUGGGUGGGGUUUGUACUCGGGUUAAGUGCUUGUGAAGCCCUUAUCUAGAGGAGGGCCAGACUUGAGCAUUAACAAGGACAGCCUUACUAGGACCAGGAAAGGGGCUUCUUGUUUCCAUCCUAGGUCGCCAGAGCAUGACAAUUUCCAUAAGACUAGCAUUACUUCAGUGACUGUCUGUGUGCUGCUUGGGUCUGGAGCAGUCUUUUACUUGGUGUGGAAACUGAGGUGAUUAUAGUACCAUGGCUAAUUCUUGCUUUUUCACUCACCAUCAGGUUGGUAAGAAUUGGUAUUCCGACUGGUCUGCUUCUGUCCUCUGUUAAGGGGUUGCACAGGAAAGGAAAUGUGAGGGUUUCUAAGACUGCUGUAAACAUGGAGUGUGCACACUGGGCUGGGCCUGAUUCAGAAGUAGUGAUAGCCGUGGCUUUUAUGUGGAAUGGCAGCUCUCCAGAACCCUGGACCCCACUGUGUCCUCGGGUACAGCAGUUUAGGAGCAGGGUUUUUGUUUGAAGUUCCAGAGGACACUUGCCAUCAAGUGGGUUUGCAUUCGUGUUUGUUUUGCUUCCAUCCAGAUUUAGCUCUGGUUCCUCCCAGAAGGCCUGUUAAGGGGCUGAGCUACAAGAAGCAGACUUCUUCAGUCAACAGACUGACUGAGCCCCAGGCUGAUCCAUAGACUAGCCACAUCACUGACACAGCAGCUCCAGAGCCCAUCCCACAGUUUUCCUUCAUUUUCAGCCACUUGUGAGGAGAGGGUCACCUUCUGCUACAGAUUAAACAAGUUCAGGGGACAUUCUACGUUUACCCCCUUGGCUUAUUCAAAUCAGUAAUGAACUCUCCUGCUUGCCUCAGCAGUAAAAAGUCACCUUCCCAGCCCAUCCCUGGGAUACCUUUUGAAAUUAUUAUUAAUUUAAAUGACUUAUACUUGUUUCUUAAAAGCAAGUAAUGUUGAAGUUUCAAAUUUUCAAGUACAAGCUUUUUUAUGUUUGAAUAAUAGUUAUCAGUUCUUAUAGAGCACCUCUUGUCACUGACCCGUCUAGGAUCUUGAACUUUGAAAGGACAGGGUGAUGAAAUUUGCAUGAGCAAGAGCAAAUUUCUUUCAAAAUGAUCCUGAGGGCAACACAUAAUCCAAUGGACUUGGUUCCUCAGAAGUUCAAAGAAACAAUGGAGUUGCAUCACCUGGCUCCUCCUCAGAUGUAUAUGUAGAAAGGCAGGUCCUGAGACAACGUGUGCAUGCCUAUAGAAAUACACACCUCUUAGGGCAUCCCUUUAAAAAAACAAAACAAUGUUAAUUCACUGUAUGAGCUAGUAAUUCCCAAACUUUCUUGAGGUUUUGUUUUUGUUUUGUUGUUUUUUAGAUCUUACAAAAUCCUAUCCUCUUUAAAAUGUACUAUAUGUGUUAUAUGUAUAUAUAAGUUAAAGUGACUUGAGCUAGGUGUCAUUAUCGAUAGCAUGGAGAUACGGAGCAGCAGAUGACUGUCACCAUCCCAGAGCAGAAUACAGAGAGUAGUUCUGGUUCCUCAUCAGUCAAUACUCAGGUGUUUUAGCAACAGCCCAGCUAUCCUUGGUAAAUGCAGCAAGAUACCCAAGGAGAGGUCAGAAGUACUUUGACCCCAUGUUUCAGCACACAUUUUUAUUUUCUACUCCGUUGUUUUUUUGUCAAAUGUCCUCAUUGUUCCCUAGGAAGUCUUAGACUGAAAAUCAGCUGAACUGUUGGUGCAGUAACAUUUUCACAGCUGUGUUUUAGGGGUUCCCAUCCUCUGUGUGUGGUCAAGCUUUUGAAUAUAAAUAGCAUGGAUAUGUCAUUUCCAAGCCCUCAAGGAAAUUAUCAAUUUCUAGUUCACUAAAAGGUUAAAUGCUAAUUAUCUCAAUGACUGCCAUCUGUCAGAAGAGCUAAAAUAAGUAGUAAAGGUUGAAUUUUGACUGGUGCUUAGAUAUUUCUAGCUAUAUUAGGAUCAACUCAAGCAAACAGCAGUGUAUUUACCUGGGUCACACCUGUGAGGAAUUUAUUUUCCAAAUUUGAUUUUGUUUUUCAUCUCCAGGGCCUUAAUAAGAGUGUGUUAAUACACGACUAUUUUACAAAGAUAGUUCAAAAUAAUUUAUUUUUUAUUUCAAGAAAGAGAAAUCCACCUUAGAAAUACAAAACCCAAGAUUUUAUUUUAUUUUUAAAGCCAUAUUUUUGUGCUUUGUAGCACUUAGAUUGUUCCAUAUGUGAUCCAUAUCUGCAUUUCAUUACCUGGGUUCUAAAAAAGAUUUAUUUUUGUUCUGUGAAUAAUUUUUGACGGUUCUUGUACAUGUACAGAUAUAGAUACGUUUGAGGUCUUUUAUUGAUAUUCCUACAAAAAUACAAAUAAACUUUAACUUUAAACAUUU